AUGGAUACGCUAUCACCGAACAAUUGCUCCAAGUCGAGCUCCAACUCCAAUUCGAGCGGCAACAGCGCAACCAGCUCAUCCAUGGAUCUGGGCGAUAAGCAGGCCAAGCAGCCGAAACGUGGCUCGCGCGGCCAGAAGCUGUCCAGAUCGCGCAGUCUGCUGCAGUUGCUCAGCAGGCAUCUGGGCCGUCAUUUCCAGCAUCAUCAUCACCAGAACGACACCGUCUACAGCAGCCAGGAUGAUAUACGCAGCUCGGCGACGGAUCUGUUCAGUCUCAGCAAUUCGCGCAAUGAUUGCCUGCAGGUGCUCAAUGGCGGCUCCAGUCUUGAUCUGGAGCACACCUCACGCACAUCCUCGGAAUCGAGUUCCCCGGGUCUGGAGUUUUACGAUAACAAUGCCGAACACAUCUACGUGGAAACUGUUUAUCGACCCGGCAGCGCCAUGGAUCAGCUGCAUCCAAAUCAUUAUGACGACAGCGGCAGCAGCGUUGACGAGGAUGAGAAUGACAAUGAGAAUGAGAACGAGAAUCUGGAGCACCUCAAGCCACAGCCGGAGCCGCGUUCUGCCUCGGCCGCAUCGGCUGGCGUCAGCAACAAGACUUCUGGCCUGCAUCUGAGUCGCAUCUCCAUCUCCUCCUCAGUUAGCCGCAUGCUGCAGCAUUUCUCCACAUCGGCGGCCACAACGGCAACGGCAUCGCUGCGCUCCUUGUCCUGCAGCAGCACGCCGCGGCGACAGCGCAAAGUCAGCAACAGCAGCAGCAACAGCAGCAACAGCAGCAGCAGCAGCAGCUCAUCAAAGUCAUCCAAAAAGGACAAGAAGCAGCAGAGCAUACUGCGACCUCCAGUGCAGUAUGUUUACAUGAAGGGCAUGUCCGGGCUAUACUCGCGGGUGCCCAGCUACGCGGUCUGCUGCCCCUACACGCUGCAGCACAGCAUGUAUUAGGCGAACGGACGGGCGGACAGACGGGCGGACGUCAUCGCGGCGAGGACAUUGGCCAAGACAAUGGAGCAGACGGCGAUUGCGGGUGAAGGCCAACGUGGCCAAAGGUGUUAAUGGCCUUAAAGUCUGGUUAUGGGUGGGUGGGUAGAUUAUAGUGAAAAGUGAUGUAGUGCCUAAAAAAACAAGCCGACAGCAGCUGGAAACGGCUAGAUAGAGCGUGCGGAAAUGCAGCAGCAAAGCAUAUUUUAUAAAUGUGUGUUAGCCAAAAA